CAAACCCACCACAAUCACGACCCGUUCCUGACGACCCCUGUCCCCAGCAACCCCUGGAUAACGGACAGUGACGAGUUCUGGCAACUCAACUCAAGAAGUGUGGACAUCCCCACUAAGUUGAGUGUGGAGCGUUGGGUGUUGAGCUUCUGGGAGCUGAUCAGUGACCCACGAGGCAGAGUCGACUUCAAGCUCUUCCUCAAGAAGGAGCACAGUGCGGAGAACAUGGCGUUCUACGAGGCAGCUGAGGAGAUGAGGUGGGGAGCAGCAUCUGCCAUACCAGAGAAAUCCCAGUUCAUCUUCAACACCUUUCUGAAACCUGGAGCUCCUCGAUGGAUCAACAUUGAUGGUCGUACCAUGGGGCUGACGGUGAAGGGCCUGGUUGUUCCUCACCGCUACGUCCUCGACGCUGCUCAGACACACAUCUUCCUGCUCAUGAAGAAGGAUACCUUCUACCGUUAUCUCAAGUCUCCGGUCCACAAAGACAUGCAGAAGAGGGCUCUGGUCCCGUCGCCUCACGUCUUCACUGAUGCCCAGUUGGAGGCCAAUGUGAAGAAUCGUAACCCAGGCGUCAGCCCCAUCCUGCUGUGGCAGCAGGAGGAGGAGGAGAAGGCAGCAGCAGCUGUUGCUGCCAGGCCCAUUGACGUCAAAGCCAUGGUGGCCACCAACAAGCUGGACAGGAAGUAGAGAGAGCCCAGGGCAUCAUGGGAAAUAGAGUUUAAUAUACAUACUGUUGUUCAUCUAAUAUAUAUUUGGUUUCCAUGGAGAUGGUGUUACAUAGGACUACUUAAAGUCCUAAAUAAUGGACUUACUAGUUAUUGUUUUAAUGGAGAUAUUGGUAAUGUAUAGAAUAACUGAUGUCCUCGACCACUGAUGUCAAGCCAGUACGGAUUGGUUGAUUGAGGGAAAUAAACGAUUGGCUGUUGAGUAGCUGUGUUGCGUUAAGGCCAGUUACUGUACCAGUUAAGGCCAGUUACUGUACCAGUUAAGGCCAGUUACUGUACCAGUUAAGGCCAGUUACUGUACUGAGAAUGAAUCUGCUGACCAGAUGAUAAAAGCUACUUUAGUUCAGAUGGACAGAUCACAGGGACUGUCUGUAGGGGCCCUCUGAUACACAACAUACUAUAUCAACUGCUGCAGAGGAGAAAUAUAUACAUCUGGAAGAGCCACGUGACUGUUAGAAGGAAACGGAAAGCCAGAGGUAGAUACCAGUUGAUACCAGUCUGCAACUAGAUAGAUACAUUAUCAUUACCAGUCUGCAACUAGAUAGAUAACAGUUAUCGUUACCAGUCUUCUGCCAGAGAUAGAUAACAGUUAUCGUUACCGGUCUUCAGCCAGAGAUAGAUAACAGUUAUCGUUACCAGUCUUCAGCCAGAGAUAGAUAACAGUUAUCGUUACCAGUCUUCAGCCAGAGAUAGAUACCAGUUGUUACCAGUCUGCAACUAGAUAGAUACAUUAUCGUUACCAGUCUUCAGCCAGAGAUAGUUACCAGUCUGCAACUAGAUAGAUACGUUAUCGUUACCAGUCUUCAGCCAGAGAUGGAUAACAGUUAUCGUUACCAGUCUUCAGCCAGAGAUAGAUACCAGUCUGCAACUAGAUAGAUACAUUAUCGUUACCAGUCUUCAGCCAGAGAUAGAUACCAGUCUGCAACUAGAUAGAUACGUUAUCGUUACCAGUCUUCAGCCAGAGAUAACAGUUAUCAUUACCAGUCUUCAGCCAGAGAUAGAUAACAGUUAUCGUUACCAGUCUUCAGCCAGAGAUAGAUAACAGUUAUCGUUACCAGUCUUCAGCCAGAGAUAGAUAACAGUUAUCGUUACCAGUCUUCAGCCAGAGAUAGAUAAGUUAUCGUUACCACAGUCUGCAAAAUGUAUAUUAUAUUUGUGUGUGUUUGUAAGUCUCACAUGUCCCAUACCUCUGUAGGUGGUGUAUUGUUCAUAUGUCUUUUGCAUCAUUUGUCUCUCUAGCUAUUUCUACAACACUAUGUCAAAGCUGAACCUGUCUACACACUCCUGUCUGUCUGUCAGUGUAUAGAACAUGUUGUCUGUCUGCAGGCUGACGUUUUGUUCCCCUCUACCUCUGUUCUGAUAAUCCGGUCUCCGACCCAAUUAUUAUAAAAUAUGUAAUA